GACAUAACCUAAAAAUUUGUCUAUGUAAUUUUACAAAUUGUUUUUGUUUACAUUUACCUUAACUUACACAAAAUAAAUAUUAUUUUUAUUAUAUUAUAAAAUAUUCCAAAUAAACUCAAUUUUUUUUCCCCAAAUUAUGGAUAUAGACUUAGACGAAGCUCCUUGUACCACUGCAGAAAGUAAACAAAUCAAGCCAAUAAAGAAAGAUACAGUGCACCAAAUAUGUUCAGGCCAAGUAGUGCUUACUCUAGCUGUAGCUAUGAAAGAACUUAUCGAGAACUCAAUUGAUGCCAAGGCCAAUAUUAUUAAUAUACACCUUAAAGAAUAUGGAUCAGAACUCUUGGAAGUGUCUGACAAUGGUAGUGGUGUCCACAAGGAUAACUUCCAAGCACUAACUUUGAAGCAUUACACUUCAAAGUUAAGGGAAUUUGAUGACUUGGAAAGCAUCAGCACUUUGGGAUUUAGAGGUGAAGCUUUAAGCUCAUUAUGUGCUUUGUCUGAUGUUGAAAUUGUUAGUAAGCAUCAUUCCACUGAUGUUGCCACAAAACUGAAGUAUGACUAUGGAGGUAACAUAGUAUCACAAGAAAUAACUGCUAGACAGCAAGGAACAACUGUUACAUUAAAAAACCUAUUUUCCACUCUCCCAGUAAGAAAGAAGGAAUUUAUAAAAAAUCUUAAAAAGGAAUUUGCAAAAAUGUGUAAUCUCUUAUAUGCCUAUUGCUUGUUGCCCAAUGGAAUUAAAUUUAGUUGUACUAAUUCUACUGCAAAAGGUGUUAAAAGCACUGUGGUUGCUACUGAAGGCCAUAAUACAGUCAGGGAGAAUAUUAUCAGUGUAUUUGGCACAAAACAGCUUAGCUCCCUAAUAGAUGUAAAUCUUGUCACACCUGAUGAGAAAAUAUUGGAGGAGUAUGGGCUUACAUUAGCACCAGGGGACAAAUUGCCAUUUAGUUUAGAAUUUUUAAUCUCUAGUGCCCUUCAUGGAGAUGGUAGGAGUUCCACUGAUAGGCAGUUCUUUUAUAUAAACCAACGACCUUGUGAACCCACAAAAGUAAUAAAACUAAUCAACGAAAUUUACAGACAAUUUAACAACAGACAAUAUCCAUUUGUUUAUUUGAAUAUUACAACAAAAGCAUGUAUAGUGGACGUAAAUAUCACACCGGAUAAAAGACAAGUUUUUUUGGACCAGGAAAAUUUACUGUUGGCCGCAGUAAAGGCUUCUUUAUUAGAGUCCUUGAAAGACUUUCCUUCCACAAUGAAAGUACAAAAUCUUAAUAUUUCUACAAGUAGUAAAGGGUUAAAAAGACAUAACACUGACAGCAGUCUAAGUGAUAAGCCAGAAUUGCUGCAAUCUUUUAAGAAAAAGUCCAAGUCAGAUGUUACAAUUAUGUCAGAGCCAACAUUCCUAAAUGGUGAAAAGUUUAAUGUAACCAGAACUAAACCCAAAACAACUCAACAGUUACUGGAUAUAUUUAGAAAGGCUUCAGCAAAGUCUGACAGUGGUAGCAACAAAAGUGAUGUAAUGAAUGACAUUAAGUCUAGCAAAGAUGAAGCUGAAAAGAAACUUGAUGAACUGAUAGAAAUAGCUUGCAAACUCAGCAAAGAAGACGAACCAUUUAUUAAAGAAGUGAAACAUGUAGAUGUUACCUUAGAUACCCCCAAAGAAGACCUUUCACAGACCAGAAAAGAAAUUCCUUUAAAGCUCAACUUUAGGUCAUUGAAACAGAGUUUUAAAAGCAACUUAGAAGCCGACAUUGAGUCUGAUUCAACUAAGGUAAAGUUUAGGUCAAAUAUUGCCCCCGAAACUAAUAAAUCUGCUGAAGAUGAACUGAAUAAGCAUAUCAAAAAGGAGGAUUUCAUUAAAAUGGAGAUAAUUGGACAAUUUAACAUGGGAUUCAUCAUAGCCAAGUUGCUCAAUGACUUGUUUAUUAUUGAUCAACAUGCCACAGAUGAAAAAUACAACUUUGAGCAACUUCAAGAAAAUACAGUGAUCGAUUGUCAGCAUCUUGCCGUACCCAAGUAUUUAGAGUUAACGGCGGCCUCCAAAGGCACUCUAUUAGAACACGAAGACAUUUUUAAAAAGAGCGGUUUUAAUUUUAAAAAAGAAGAGGAUAAACUGUUUCUUACGUCAGUACCUAUGAGCGAUCGCACAAUUUUCGGUAAAAACGACAUUGACGAGAUGAUUUUCAUGCUGCAAGAGGAUUCCAGCCAAGACAAGACGUGCAGACCGUCCAGGAUACGGUCAAUGUUUGCGUCCAGAGCGUGCAGGAAAAGCGUGAUGAUCGGCACGGCGCUUUCUAAAACGGAAAUGCGAAAACUUGUUGAUCACAUGGGGAAAAUUGAUCAACCAUGGAACUGUCCACAUGGAAGGCCCACCAUGAGGCAUUUAGUGAAUCUUGAUUUGAUUAGUGAGAAGAUGUAGUUUUUUUUUUAAUUCUUUUUAUUUUAUUUCAUAAAUAUAACUUUUAUAUUUUA